AUGAAUUUCUUGAUUGGAAUUCAUAGUUUGCAACAAAAUGGCUUGAAGCAGUUAGAAUAUCUAAAUAUUAGUCAUAACAAGAUCAGAAAAAUUGAAUCAAAUAAUUUUCAAAGCUUUGAUUCGUUGCUAGAAUUAGACUUAGCUGCAAACGAAUUUUCCGUCUUGCUUACUUCAACAUUCAGUGGAUUAGUUCGAUUGAAAAAGUUGAAUUUGGCUGAACAACGAUGUUUGAGGAGGAUACAGACUGGAGCAUUUUUGGAUUUAACAUCUUUAGAAGUUUUAAAUGUGAGCUAUAGCCCUACUUUGGAAUACAUAGAUGAAAAUGCUUUUAUAGUCAGCACAUCUUUGCGUAUUUUUGAUGCUAAUUUCUGUGCUUUGAAAGCUUUACCUUACAGACUGUUUGAUUGGGAAAGAGUAUCUCAGCUAAACUUAUACGGUAAUCAAUUUCACUGUGAUCGAAAACUGCUAACUUUUCUACCGACUAUUUUACACUCAAAAUCCAUCAAACGUGUUGUUUGCGCAUCACCGAGGGAACUUGUAAACAGAAGUAUUUCGUCGCUGGUACGAUUAAGUACUGCAUCAGUUAUAAAAUGA